ACAAGUUCAUUUAAAAACUCUCGUAACACCUCGCAGGUGAGAAAUAUAUAGAAGUAGCUGCUGUGGUGAUUUUUUUUCAGUUUACAAUAAGGCACAAAGAGGAAAAGCCGUCAUUUCCUCUUGGAUUUGAACAGGCACCUUGAGGGGCAGCCCUACAGCGCCGGGAUGAGGGAGGCCCUCGGGGUCCUAGGGAGCACACGUGCGGAAAGUGGCGCUGGGUAUCCUCGCGGCGCUCGGGGGACCCUCGGCCUGGAGCCAUGGGAGGGCUGGAGAAGAAGAAGUAUGAGCGGGGCUCAGCCACCAACUACAUCACUCGGAACAAAGCCCGGAAGAAGCUGCAGCUGAGCCUGGCUGACUUCAGACGUCUGUGCAUCCUGAAGGGUAUUUAUCCCCAUGAGCCCAAGCACAAGAAGAAGGUGAACAAGGGCUCCACGGCGGCCCGCACCUUUUACCUCCUCAAGGACAUCCGGUUCCUCCUGCACGAGCCCAUUGUCAACAAGUUCCGAGAAUACAAGGUGUUUGUCCGGAAGCUGCGGAAGGCCUAUGGGAAGAGCGAGUGGAAUACCGUGGAGCGUCUGAAGGACAACAAGCCCAGCUACAAACUUGACCACAUCGUCAAGGAGCGGUAUCCCACGUUCAUCGACGCCCUGCGGGACCUGGACGACGCUCUGUCCAUGUGCUUCCUCUUCUCCACCUUCCCACGGACUGGCAAGUGCCACGUGCAGACCAUUCAGCUCUGCCGCCGGCUCACGGUGGAGUUCAUGCACUAUGUCAUCGCCGCCCGUGCCCUGCGCAAGGUCUUCCUCUCCAUCAAAGGUAUUUACUACCAGGCUGAGGUGCUGGGCCAGCCCAUCGUGUGGAUCACACCCUACACCUUCUCUCAUGAUCACCCAACAGAUGUGGACUACAGGGUCAUGGCCACCUUCACCGAGUUCUACACCACCCUGCUGGGCUUCGUCAACUUCCGCCUCUACCAGUCACUCAACCUCCACUACCCACCCAAGCUCGAAGGUCAAACCCACGUGGAAAGGAAGGGCAGUGAUGACACCUAUGCCCUGGACUCGGAGAGCUCAAUGGAGAAACUGGCAGCCCUUGGUGCCAGCCUGGCCCGCGUGGUGGUGCCCACCAUAGAGGAGGAGGCCGAGGUGGAUGAGUUUCCGGCUGAUGGGGAGAUGGCAGCCCAGGAGGAGGACCGCAGGAAGGAAAUGGAGGCACAGGAGAAGCACAAGAAGCUCUUUGAGGGCCUCAAGUUCUUCCUGAACCGCGAGGUGCCCCGCGAGGCCUUGGCAUUCACAAUCAGGAGUUUUGGAGGGGAAGUGUCCUGGGACAAGUCUUUGUGCAUCGGAGCCACCUAUGACAUCACAGACUCGCACAUCACCCACCAGAUCGUCGACCGGCCCGGGCAGCAGACGACCGUUGUUGGCAGGUACUACGUGCAGCCCCAGUGGGUGUUUGACUGUGUGAACGCCCGCCUCCUGCUCCCUGUGGCGGACUACUUCCCCGGGGUGCAGCUGCCCCCACAUCUUUCGCCCUUCGUGACCGAGAAGGAAGGGGACUAUGUCCCACCCGAGAAGCUGAAGCUGCUGGCUCUGCAGCGGGGAGAAGACCCAGGAAACAUGAGAGAGUCUGAGGAAGAGGAGGAUGAGGAAGAGGAGGAGGAGGAAGAAGACGACCAUGAAGGUGAAGAAGGGGGAGAAAACAAAGAGGAGAUGGACAAUGUGGAGGCUGGUUUGGAAAAAGAGAAAGAGGCCCGGCUGGCAGGCGUGGAGGAGCAGAAGAUGGAGGGGAAGAAGCCCCGGGUGGUGGCGGGCACCCUGAAGCUGGAGGACAAGCAGCGGCUGGCCCAGGAGGAAGAGAACGAGGCCAAACGCCUGGCCAUCAUGACGAUGAGGAAGCGGGAGAAGUACCUCUACAACAAGAUCAUGUUCGGCAAGAGACGCAAGAUCCGCGAGGCCAACAAACUGGCACAGAAGCGGAAAGCCCAUGACGAGGCGCUGCGAUCUGAGAAGAAGGCCAAGAAGGCUAGACCGGUGUGAGCGCCCAUGGCCACUUUCCAGGUGGCGGCAGAACAUGGACCCAAGCCCAGCAACAGAACAGAGGCACUGCCAUCCUUCCCUGGUGCCUUAGCCCUCCCCAACACACUUGUGCAGGCUGGCUGGGCCCAGCGGGGGGAGUCGUGCCUGUAACUGGGCAGAGAAGAGCUCCUGUGGCCCCAGGCAUCGGGACAAGGGCCCGGCCAGCCCUUCCCCACUCCCCUGGGUCACGCUGGCUUCCUUCCCCUCUUACCUGUGUGGACCCAGGAUUCUCAGGGUGUCACGGUGGACUGGGGAGCAGGGGAGCAUUUGCUAUUAAACGGCUGACUUGCAGCCA